GCAACUGAAAAAUAAAAAAUCACAAAAUAAAUUCAAAAUGUCUUUGCGAAAAUUGCUGUCAAAAACAUCAUUUUUACCACUCCUUUGUCGAUCGGUACCUCAAAACGUGAGAUGUUUGCACCGAAGUCCUGCUUCGCCUGCUGGUCAAUUGUUUGUGCAUCGAGAUACACCAGAAAAUAACAAGGAUAUUCCUUUUGAGUUCACCAAAGAAAAUAUAAAGAGAGCAGAAGCAAUCAUCGCUAAUUAUCCAAUUGGGCACAAAGCUGCUGCAGUUAUACCUUUGUUAGAUCUAGCUCAAAGGCAACAUGGUUGGGUGCCUCUGUCUGUGAUGAACUAUGUGGCAGAUUUCUUGGAAAUGCCAAGAAUGAGAGUUUAUGAAGUAGCAACAUUUUAUACUAUGUUUCACAGGAAACCUGUUGGUAAGCACGUCAUCCAGGUGUGUACGACAACACCAUGUAUGUUGUGUGGUGCCGAGGAACACAUGGAAUUACUGCAGGAGAAACUGGGUAUAAAUGUUGGUGAAACCACCGAGGAUGGAAUGUUUACAUUGUUAUCAGCCGAAUGCCUUGGAGCUUGUGUUAACGCACCCAUGAUGCAGAUUGGAGAUGAUUAUUAUGAGGACCUUAGUUUAAAAGACACUGAGGAGAUUAUUGAUGAUUUGAAAAAUGGCAAAGUACCAAAGGCUGGACCAAGAAGUGGUCGUUUUGCAUCUGAACCUAAAUCUGGAUUAACGAGUUUAACGGAAGAGCCUAAGGGACCAGGAUUUGGUGUUCGGUCAGAUCUAUAAUACUAACAAAACAGAUAUAUAU